AAUCUAGGUUGCUCGUGAGUGACUCUGUGGCACUUGGUGUCCCGGAACAAAUUGUUUCACAGAAAAGUGUGGUAUUGUCCUUUUCGUCGGCUCGAUGUUUUGUGUGUGUGUGUGUUUGGCACUGUGAGUAAUUGCGGCAACGUUGAAUAUUCUGCAUUGUCUUUUACGUUGUAAUUUGUCGAGUAUGAAGCGUCGGGUUCGCUUCUUCAACUGCUCCCGGGCGGCACUCGGGUUGGGGGUCGCGGCUUUGUUCGUCGCUUGUCUCAGUGACAUUUCGAGGGCUGUCGCAACAGAAACGCCGACAAUGAGACCCACAUGCAAGGAAGAAAAGCAGAUGACCACGUGCAUGUGCGCAGGUCCUUCUGGUGCAGCCGCGGCAGCGGCCGCGAAAACAAUUGCACUUUGUCCCAGUCGAGUAAUGGAAUCACUGUUGACUGUUCCACAGAUAGUUUCACUGUUGUGCCUUCCGACACAAGUAAGAUUUGCAUUGGAGAAGGUCAUGACGAAACACUGACGGCGUGUAACAGAAACAAAGUAUCCACAAUCAAGGAAUUUCUGGGCGUGGCGCACGGCACCAACGCACCACAGUGGACGUCCGACCACGCUCUAACAAUUCCAACAGAGCAAUUCUCCAUAAUUGACAAAACCUUAUUCGCAGGAUGCUUAAGAAAAAGUGGGACCAACCAGGGCACGAAGGAGUGCUUGGUGCCUGCCAGUGUCAAAGCCAGGGCCUCGGCAGUGAAGAAUGGUGUCCUCAUUUGCGCCUACGGCACAGAGAGCAACAAUACUGUUUCAGCGGUAACACUGGACGCCAAGAACAACUCUCUGACAAUCAUCUGUGACACUGAAGGACAGAUGCACCCAGAAAAGGAUUCCUUGACUGCUUGCCACUGCACCAAUUCCAACACAGAAAACUGUAAGACCUUGAACCUGAGUUCAUGCCGAGCUUCACCGAGAGGUGGUGGACGCCGGUUGACACAGACAGUAAUGCGUUCAAACUCGUGA